AAUGAAUUCCCAUAUAUUAAACAGAAUAAAAUCCCAAAUACGUACGAAAUAUAACGUUCGCUGAACAUUACGCGACGAAAGGAUCGGCUAUAGUGUUUAAGGAGGAAGAAGACGAGGGAAGAGGUGUUUCUCCAGGCCCUUUCUCCUCUUUCAUUAUUUAUUUCCUUAUUAACUGCGAUCAAAACAUUGAUGGUCGAUCAUUCGCCGCUCAGCUCGAGACCCGCGGAUUAUCGUGCAGUUUUUCACUUCGGUGAGUGAGUGUGUUGCGAUGGCUCGCCCACGGCCCCGGGAAUAUAAAGCUGGAGAUCUGGUUUUCGCCAAGAUGAAGGGAUACCCGCACUGGCCGGCGAGGAUUGAUGAGCUGCCAGAGGGAGCCGUGAAGCCGCCAGCUAAUAAAUACCCCAUCUUCUUCUUUGGUACCCAUGAGACUGCUUUCCUGGGCCCUAAAGACCUGCUGCCCUACAAGGAAUAUAAAGACAAAUUUGGCAAGUCAAACAAGAGAAAAGGGUUUAAUGAAGGCCUGUGGGAAAUUGAAAACAACCCUGGUGUCAAAUUCACUGGUUACCAGGUGGUGCAGCAGCAGAGUUCGUCAGAGACGGAGGGGGAAGGAGGGAACGCGGCUGACGGCAGCAGCGAGGGCGACUCCGCGAGCGAGGAAGAGGAGGGCAAGAUGAAGAGUGACAAGGUCGGAUCCAAGCGGAAAAAAACUGCAUCCUCAAAGAUGUCGUCCAAGGUGUCCAGGAAGGGAUCGGGGGAUGAAGAUCUGGAGAAGGAUGGGAAAGAUGAGCAGAAGAGCGGAUCGGAGGCUGGUGACCAUGACAACAACAUCCAGAACUCUUCAGACAAGACCUGCAGUCAAGGGACAGCAGCGACUCCAGCGGAUCCGUGACGUUUCUCUGACUGCUGCUUUUCUCUCUUCCGGCAGAAUCUCCGGGAGGAUCAUUAGACGAUCAUCGGACGACGGCUCGUGACGCUGAUAUGUCAUAUUGUAAAUGCAUCUUAUUACACUGAUCGCUUGCAAACUCACACAUUAUUAUCUGGGUCAGUCAAACACACACACACACACACACAAACAGUAAAAGAAAACAACGUCCAGGAUUCACACACAAACGUCAUUCCUUUCUGCUGAUUUGAUUUUAGAGGUUUAGCUUUAGUCCAUUCAGAUCUCGUUCAUUCCUCUCGUGUCGUGAUAGAGAUUUCUUUCUCUCACAAUGGAUCAAACAGACGUUUGUCUGUCAACGACUUUCACGCUUUUACGUAAUCCGAGAGGAACGAGUGGAAGCGUAGAAUCCGUUUGAAGUCUCGUGCACAAGCAGAGUUUAACUCUAUUAUCUCUGUACAUUUGAUUUGGCUGUAGAUUGUAGGAUCUCUGUAUAUUCUCCCAGCGCUAGCGGUUCUGUGUCGUGGGUUGGUUGUUUUCUAGCCUUUCUAGUGGCAUGCUGUAGUUCCACAUGUUGAUGAUGUUCUUCUGUCUGUCCGUUCCUGAUCACAGACUCUUCCCUACAGAAAACCGGCCCUUUGUUUUUAUUAUUUCUUAUCUUUGUUUAUAUAAAGAAUAUAUUCUAUUUAUUUUUGAUGAUGGUAGAUGACACAUCUGUGGUAAAUUCGCACUCACCAAUGUGGUUUUCCUGUCGUUUCAUUUUUAUUGCCCUCAUACAUGUUGCAUUUUCAAGGUUUGUAGCCACAUGUAAACUGUUUUUCCUGUUUAUUGACAAGAAUUUUACAGAAUAAACUCAUUGGAAUGCAA